AUGCCAUUCCCACCUGGCUUCCGACUAUUCCGCACUACAAUGUCAGGCGAAAAGAUCCUCGAAGGCUGCUUUGCCAUUCACAAGCCCCAAGGCGUUACCUCCGCCGAUGUACUCCGUACCUGUCAAAAGCACUUCAAUCCCUCCAAAACAUUUGCCCCAUGGCUCGAAGACGAGCGCGCCAGACGCAAUCGCGAAAACUCAUUCCAGAAAAAGCGCCGCCGCGACAAGCGCCUUGAAGUGAAGAUCGGACACGGCGGUACCCUCGAUCCCCUUGCGACAGGUAUUCUGAUCGCAGGUGUGGGCAAAGGAACGAAAUGUCUCCCUGAGUUCCUGGGAUGCACAAAGUCAUACGAGACCAUUGUGCUAUUCGGCGCUGAGACCGAUACGUAUGAUCGACUUGGUAAAAUUGUUCGACGAGCUCCGUACGAACAUGUCACACGGGAGAAGGUGGAAGAUGCGCUGAAGCAGUUCCGUGGCAAGAUUAUGCAGCGACCGCCUAUUUUCUCUGCGUUGCGAAUUGAUGGCAAGAGACUUUAUGAGUAUGCGCGCGAGGGAAUCAUGCCUCCUGUUGAGAUUAAGUCUAGACCUGUUGAGGCUGUGGAACUGGAGAUUGUGGAGUGGUUUGAGCCUGGAACACAUGAGUACAAGUUCCCUGAGAAAGAGAUGCAGGGCGAUGAGAAGGUUAUUGCAGAGAAGUUGCUUGACAAGGGGGAUGCUGCUCCUCUGGAGACUGAGGAUGCGGCAGCUUCCUCUAAGCGCAAGUCACCUCCUGCGGAUUCUCCCCAGGGUGAGGAUCAGGAUGCUGCGAAGAAGCAGAAGGUUGGAGAGAGUGGAGAGGCUCAGCCUGUUGCUGCGUCUGAGUUGGAGCCUAAGCCUAAGCCUGAGUCUGAGUCUGCUGCUCCUGAACCAGCUUCUGAAGAUGCUCCUGUUUUCAAAGAGGAACAGCCUGUCCCUCAGCCACCUGCAGUCAAAAUCAAGAUGACUGUCACAUCUGGCUUCUAUGUUCGCUCUUUAGCCCAUGAUCUGGGCAAGGCGGUUGGCAGUUGUGCACUCAUGAGCGAGCUUGUUCGGAGCCGCCAGGGAGAGUUUACUUUGGAGCCUGAGAAUGUUCUGGAGUACAAGGACUUGGAAGCAGGUGAAGAGGUCUGGGGACCGAAGGUAUCUCAGUUCCUGUCUGAGUGGGAGGCAAAGAGGGCUGCUAAGGGUGAGGCCGAGGCUGAAGCUGCUGAGAAAUAG